AUGAGGUCUAUUAUCGCUCGAACCUCUACCCUUUCGAGGACAUGUCUCCUCCGACCUGCCUCCAACGUGUCGGUCCCAACCUCGUCGAUUUUGGGCUUCCGAUCGGUAUCCACGACGUCGGCGUCGACAUCAACGGCAAAGACGCCGUUGCGAUCCCACUCGACCACGGCCAUCUCCCCGGCUUCGACCGCUCACUGUACCCUCUUCCCCCCCACUCACUCUUCGACUUCGAUCUUCAAACCCCUGGAUACCUUUGCUCCGCGCCACAUUGGUCCUAGGGAAAAGGACGUCGACGCCAUGCUCUCUUUCCUCGGGUACAAGUCGAUGGAAGAAUUCGUCAGCCAGACCGUACCGGGAAACAUCAGGAUCAAAGAGUUGGACGAUAAGGAUAUUCGGCCGUUGAGCGAGUUGGAGUUUAUGAGGCGGGCUGAGAGGUUGGCAGCGGAGAAUAAGAUGGUGAAGAGUUAUAUCGGGAUGGGGUAUCAUAAUGCCAUCGUACCGCCGGUGAUUCAGAGGAAUCUCUUCGAGAACCCGGCUUGGUACACCGCCUACACGCCUUACAGUCCCGAACAAUCUCAGGGACGUCUAGAAUCUCUCUUGAACUACCAGACGGUCAUCACCUCCCUCUCCGGUCUGCCCAUCGCCAACGCUUCCCUGUUGGACGAAUCCACCGCAGCGGCCGAGGCCAUGACCAUGUGCCUGGCCACCUCGUCGAAAUCGGCCGCCCCGAACGCUCAGGUUAAAGAGAAGGUCUUGAUCGUCUCCUCCGGGGUCAGCCCUCAGACCUUGGCGGUACUUCGGACGAGGAGUAAAGGGUUCGGGAUCACCGUCCAGGUCGUCCGUGAUGAGGAACUCCCUGCGGCGAUCGAAAAGGCCGGGAAGAGCUGUUUCGGACUGAUGGUCCAGUACCCCGAUGUGGACGGUGGGAUCAAGGACCAUCACGCCCUCGCGACCCAAGCCAAGAAGUUUGGGAUCAAGGUCGUCGCCGCUACAGACUUGCUCGCUUUGACCAUGCUCAAACCUCCGGGCGAAUGGGGAGCGGAUAUCGUGCUCGGAAACUCGGCCCGGUUUGGGGUACCCGUCGGGUAUGGAGGACCGCAUGCGGCGUUCUUUGCUUGUACGGAGGCGCUGAAGAGGAAGAUGCCCGGGAGGUUGGUCGGCGUCAGUAGGGAUACAAGGGGCGAGAAGGCCUACAGGUUGGCCCUGCAGACCCGUGAACAACACAUUCGACGGGAAAAGGCCACGUCCAACGUCUGUACCGCUCAAGCUUUGUUGGCGAACAUGGCCGCCAUGUACGCCGUCUACCACGGCCCCGAGGGGAUCCGCAACAUUGCCGGCAAAGUCAACGCCCUGACCUCGAUCCUGAAGCGGGUCGUCGAGGAUGCCGGGUGUGUGAUCACCAACCCCGGUGGUCACUUCUUUGACACCCUCUCCAUCGACGUGAGCAAGAUCGGAGGUGCCGACAAGGUUCACGCCGAGUCGGUCAACCGAGGGAUCAACUUUAGGAAGAUCGACGACAAGACCGUCGGUGUGACUCUGGAUGAGAGCGUUGGGUUGCUCGAUCUGACGGAUAUCGCCAAUGUCUUUGUCGCCGUCUCGGGUGGCAAGGCUUUCACGGCCGAUAGCUUGUCAAGCUUGGCAGCCGACAAGUUGUCGUUCUCGACCGAGACGCUGGGUCAGUCGAUCGCCUCGGCGCCCAAGGAGCUCGUGAGGACUACCAAGUUCUUGCAACAGCCCGUCUUCAACACCCACCGUUCCGAGACCGAGAUGUUGAGGUACCUCUACCAGCUGCAAGAAAAGGAUUUCUCGCUGGUCCACGGGAUGAUCCCCCUUGGAUCGUGCACAAUGAAGCUCAACUCGACCUCGUCCAUGACCCCACUCGCUUGGAAAGAGUUUGGAGGCGUCCACCCGUUCGCGCCCGUCGAGCAGAAUGAGGGGUACGCUACGAUCAUCAAGGAACUCGAGGACGACCUCUCGCUCAUCACCGGGUUUGACGCGACGAGCUUGCAGCCCAACUCGGGUGCGUCGGGAGAGUACGCCGGGUUGAUGGUCAUCAAGGCCUACUUGGAGUCGAUCGGCGAGGGAAAGAGGGACGUAUGUCUGAUCCCUGUCAGCGCGCAUGGGACCAACCCGGCCUCGGCGUUCAUGUCCGGUAUGAAGGUCGUUGCCGUCAAGACCCUCGCUGAUGGAUCGCUCGACCUGGCCGACAUGCGCGCCAAGGCGGAAAAGCACAAGGACAGCUUGGCCGCGGCGAUGAUCACCUACCCGUCGACCUAUGGUGUGUUCGAAGAGGGCGUCAGGGAAGCUUGUGAUAUCGUGCACCAGUACGGCGGACAGGUCUAUCUCGACGGAGCCAACCUGAACGCCCAGGUCGGGUUGACCAACCCCGGUGCGGUCGGUGCCGACGUCUGUCACUUGAACCUGCACAAGACGUUUGGAAUCCCCCACGGUGGUGGUGGACCCGGUAUCGGACCCAUCUGUGUACGAGGACACCUCGCACCGUUCCUCCCCGGACACCCGCUCAUCGACUGCGGCGGGUCGCAAGCCAUCGAAGCCGUCGCCGCUGCACCUUGGGGAUCCGCCUCGAUCACCACCAUCUCUUGGGCUUAUAUCAAGAUGCUCGGAGGGAAAGGGUUGACCGAUACCGCCCGGUUGUCGCUAUUGAACGCCAACUAUAUCGCCAAACGGCUCGAGGGGCAUUACACUGUCAAGUACUCGAACAAGAACGGCAGGGUCGCUCACGAGUGUUUGAUCGAGUUGGCCGACUUUGACAAGCAGGCCGGGCUGAAGGUCAUGGACUUUGCCAAGCGUCUGCAGGAUUAUUCCUUCCAUCCGCCUACCGUCUCGUGGCCCAUUUCCACGGGAAUGCUCGUCGAGCCCACCGAGAGCGAGAGCAAGGAAGAGAUCGAUCGAUUCUGCGAUGCGAUGAUCAGCAUCCGACGAGAAGCCGAGGAGGUCAUCCAGGGCAAACAACCCAGGGACAACAACCUGUUGAAGAACGCUCCUCAUCCGAUCGCCGUGUUGACCGAGGACAAGUGGGACAAGCCGUAUUCGAGGGAACAGGCCGUCUACCCUGUGCCCGAGCUCAAGAAGAAGAAGUUCUGGACGACCGUAACCAGAAUCGACGAUGCCUACGGUGAUACCCACUUGAUCUGCACGUGCGACUCGGUAGAGGAAUACGCGGACAGCACCGAGGGUGACAUGACCAUCUCUGGCGGCAUCCAAAGCAACACGUAG